AAGGUGUUGUUUACUGUGGAUCAGACAGAGACCCAUUUGUGCGCGCGCUGAACCAUACGGCCUGACGGGGGUCCCCAAACUCACCGUCACCGGCUCCGCCUUGUCCCUUUCGAGGCUCCCUCGUAUGGUUUGAAGAAGAAAAAACCCAAUAAAACUCUGAGAAAUACCCUCUUUGUUUCUUUCCUUUUCAUAUCUCUCUGUCAAGUAAUUUGUCCUGAAGCCCAUAGAAGUUUAACCCUGAAGGAAGCAUCUGGGCCACUAGCUUCCUCUAGUACCCACUUCGCCCAAACUAUAGCCACAAUCCCUUGAGAAAACAGACACCACACUAUUUGCCUUCUCCUUCACUCCCCUUUUAUCAGUUUAGUAUAUAUAUCUCCUACACCAGCUGAAAAUAAAAAUCAAGAGCAAAGGUUGAAUCUUUGGGUGGCCACUAGGUGUUUGGUGAUAGAACUCAGAGAGGUUGGAUAUUUGGUUAAGGUAGUUUGAAGGUGGGUUAUUUGAAUUUCGGGGGGUAACACCCAAGGUUACACAUUGUGGACAUCACGGCUAUAUACAAAGUUUCUCGGUCUCUUUUUCAUGUCCGAGCUGUACGACGUAAGGGUUGUGUGAUCGAGAGCAACCCUUCGCCGCACGGCGGGCGUGGAGCUUUGCCUUCCGAAGGCGGCAGUCCUUCCGAUCUCCUCUUCCUUGCUGGUGGUGGGAUUGUCUUUUAGAGUUUGGGUACCCUAUUUUUAGCUAGCUUAUUAGUCUGUAAAAUAUUACUAUCGAAGAAGCUUGUUUUUCGUUGUUUUUUGGGGUUUCCUUUAUUUGAUCUCUUAUUGGAUAAAUAAAGAAGAGAAGUAGUAGCAAGGAUGAUGCAGCUCAGUAUUAAGAGGGUUCCUACUGUUGUUUCGAAUUACCAAAAGGAUGAGGCGGAAGAGACUGCUCGCCGGAGCGGUGGAUGUGGGAAGAAUUGCCUUAGAAGCUGUUGCAUUCCAGGAGCAAAGCUUCCUUUAUAUGCUUUCAAGAAGGAGAGUGAAAAAGAUGCAUUUGAAAGUGAAAACAAAGAGCCUCCAGUUGCUUUUCUUGAUUCUCUCGUUCUUGGGGAGUGGGAGGAUCGCAUGCAAAGAGGGCUCUUUCGAUAUGAUGUCACUGCCUGUGAAACCAAGGUGAUUCCUGGUGAAUAUGGCUUUAUUGCCCAGCUGAACGAGGGCCGCCACCUUAAGAAGAGGCCAACUGAGUUCCGUGUAGAUAAGGUUCUCCAGCCCUUCGAUGGGAACAAAUUCAACUUCACCAAAGUCGGACAAGAAGAGGUGCUCUUCCAGUUUGAAGCAAGUGAAGAUGGUGAAGUUCAGUUCUUCCCGAAUGCUCCCAUUGAUGUUGAGAAUCACCCAAGUGUUGUUGCCAUAAACGUUAGUCCUAUUGAAUACGGACAUGUGCUGUUGAUCCCUCGAAUUCUUGAAUGCUUGCCUCAGAGGAUCGACCAUGAGAGCUUUUUGCUUGCGCUCUAUAUGGCAGCUGAAGCUGGGAAUCCGUACUUUAGAUUGGGUUACAACAGCUUGGGUGCAUUUGCUACAAUCAAUCACCUGCACUUCCAGGCUUACUACUUGGCUGUGGCCUUUCCCAUUGAGAAAGCUCCUACCAAGAAGAAAACCUCUCUGAAUGAUGGAGUCAUCAUCUCAGAGCUUUUAAAGUAUCCGGUCAGAGGUGUUGUCUUUGAGGGUGGUAACACUCUUCAAGACUUGUCUGACGCAGUGUCUGAUGCGUGCAUUUGCCUUCAAGAUAACAACAUAGCAUACAAUGUCCUCAUCUCUGAUUGUGGAAAGCGGAUCUUCCUCCUUCCUCAGUGUUAUGCUGAGAAACAAGCUCUUGGGGAAGUGAGUGUAGAGCUUUUGGACACCCAAGUGAACCCGGCUGUGUGGGAAAUUAGUGGUCAUAUGGUGUUGAAAAGGAGGAAGGACUACGAUGAGGCGUCCGACGAAAAUGCUUGGAGGUUACUUGCAGAGGUAUCUCUCUCUGACGAGAGGUUUGAUGAAGUGAAUGCACUUAUCUUUGAAGCCAUUGGCGGUGGCAAAGAUGCAAUUGAAAAUGUUGAGGAGCCUGAUACCAAAGCUCAAUCUAUUGAAAAAGAGAAUGGCAUCACCGAAACUUCCCACCAUGCUAUGGUGGCUGGGACACAACAAUGCCUUGUUCUGCAGUAGCAUUUCAUUAAUAGAACCCUGUACCUUGCAGGUACUUUUUCCACAAUAUCAGUUUAGUUGGAAUUUCUAUGGAUUAUGGCUGGCACUGGUAGCCUAAAUAAGCAAACUCAGUUUGCACUGUUGCUAUCGACUUUGUUGAAACUGCUAUAUGCUUAUUGGCUUCAUGAUGUACUACUUGUUUGGAUCAUGAAAAAUACAAUUUAAUGUUUGCUAUUA